AUGCCAGUCUCCCGUAUACUGAAACGACUGGGUGUCGGCAUCGCCCACCGACCACAGGCAACAAUACGACAUCUGGUCAUGCGGCCGAAGGACCCAUUGCCUCGAGGUGAAACCGCAAACGUCAUUUACCGGGUCAAAUGCGAUUCGUGCGCGGUCGACUAUUUCGGAGAGACUGGCAAGUGGUUGCAGACCCGAAUGGCAGAACACUGCAGGGCAGUAAGGACAAUGGACCCACUAUCGUUGGUGGCGGAACACUGCGCAAAUUCCGGACACACAUUCGCCUUCCAGAAUGCCGAAAUUUUGGCUCGAGGAAAUGACCGCGUAGUCAGGGAAGCAAUCGAGGCCUGGGACACGGGGACAACCUCAAUCAACCAUUGUGUGGCGCUUCCCACAGCCUACCAAGCUGUACAAACGCAGCUCAGUGAAGAAAAGAGCAAACGAGAACAUAGACGGAACGCGAAUCCGCAUACUUGCGAACCGAUGGUGGACACACGCGUAGCUGAACUACAAGCGGACAUAGCAAUCAUCAGCUCAGCCAGCUCAUCCGGUCAGCCUGCAAGUGUGAAACCGGAUGGAAGUAAGAACGCAAGCAGGAUUCCCGUCCUGGGACGACGGCUUCGACCAAUGACAGCUGCACAAGCGCGAACACUGGAAGCUGACAGGAGACCCCUUGACUGA